AAAUUUGGGGCUUUGUAUUCACGCCUCACGGAGUCGACCUAGAAUUUUAGAUCGUCUCUCUUCCAUUAUUCCCCUUGCUUUUGGUUUCUUUGCCUGUUCUCGACACCUCGGUUUUUUCUUCCUGGGUGUUUUCAAUGGCCUCGAUCCCUAAAAAAACUGAUGCUUCUCUUCCUUCAUCAGCUGAACCAUCAUCAACAGCUCGUCGCUGGAAGUAUGACGUGUUUUUGAGUUUCAGGGGUACUGACUUUCUAAGGGGUUUUCCGUCCCAUUUAUACUAUCAGCUGCAAGAGAGGGGAAUCACAACAUUCAUGGAUGACUCAGAUCUUGAAGCAGCGGAUGAUAUGUCUCCCACUCUCCUAGAGGCAAUUGAAGGAUCAAGGCUCGCAAUUGUUGUUCUGACUUCAAAUUAUGCUUCUUCUGCUCGGUGUUUGGAGCAACUUACAAAGAUUUGUCAGAUCAUGGAGGACGGCACCAGAAUUCUUCCAGUUUAUUAUGUCGACCCUAUUGAUGUAAGAAAUCAACGGGGGCAAUUUCAAGAUGCUUUCGCCAUUUAUGAAAAGUAUGGGCAAUACACGUCGGAGAAGGUCCAGCAGUGGAGAGAUGCCUUAAGAAAAGUGGGCAGUUUGCCUGGGUUGAAUACACGGGAUUACAGGACUCACAGAGAUUUUGUCGAAGCCAUUUUGGAAUCCGUGUGCUACAAAGUACAAUCUGGUGUGGAAAUCGAAAAAGUACAACCUAUUGAAAUCAAUACGAGAGGUCCUGAAGUAAUUGAAGAAACAACACAAGCCAUGGAUAGGCUUACAGAUGAUGAUGAGGUCAGUGCCGUUGGGGUCUACGGGAUGGGAGGCGGAGGCAAGAUAACCCUGAAAAACCCGUUGGAGUCUUCUUCAUCAUCAGCUGUUGAGUGGAAGUAUGAUGUGUAUUUGAGUUUCAGGGGUGUAGAUAUUGGAAGGGGUUUUACUUCCCAUUUAUACGAUUGUCUAAAAAAGAGAGGAAUCAAUGCAUUCAUGGAUGAACUAGAUCUUCAAGUAUGGGAUAGUAUUUCUGGCGCUUCCAUAAAGGCAAUUGAAAAAUCAAGGUUUGCAAUCGUUGUUCUCUCGCAAGACUACGUUUCUUCUACUUGGUGUUUGCAUGAACUUACAAAAAUCUGUGAGUGCAUGGAAGACCAGGGCAGAAUUCUUCCAGUUUUUUAUAAUGUGGAACCCUCUGAUGUACGGUACCGGAAGAGGAGUUUUGGAGAAGCUUUCGAUAAGCAUGAAAGCUCUAGGCGACACACAUCAGACAAGGUGAAGCGCUUGAUAGAUGUUUUAAACCAUGUAGCCAGUCUCUUUGGGUGGCAUGCAAAGCUUUACAAGACUGAUAGAGAACUUGUGGACAAUAUUGUGGAUUUUGUGUGCAGUAAAGUACACCCUAUUGAAAUUGAGUUUACAAUGUCCACCGGAGAUUUUGAAGCAUUUGAAUCAAGAAGAACAGCCAUGAAUGAGGUUAUGAAGGCGCUUACAGAUGAUAAGGUCACUGCCGUUGGGGUCUACGGAAUCGGAGGUGUUGGAAAAACAACCAUGGUUGAACAUGUUAGUGAAGCAGUUCAGAAUAAUGGGAUGUUCCAGCAUGUGAUCACGGCUGUUGUAUCCAAAAUCCCCAACUUGAGAAAAAUUCAAGGCACAUUGGCAGAUAUGUUGGGUUUUAUGUUCGAGGAGGAGACAGAAAUUGGAAGAUCCCGUAGAUUGAUGCAGAAUAUAAGGAGAGGAAAUAGGAUCCUUAUAAUCUUGGACGACAUUUGGGAGAGAAUAGAUUUGUCCAACAUUGGAAUUCCCAGCUACCACGAGCUUCAAAGAUGCAAUUCCAAAGUCCUACUCACCACAAGGACACAGAAUGUCUGUUGUGCCAUGAAGUGCCAGUCAAACAUUUCUCUUGAUGUCUUAUCAGAAGAAGAUUCUUGGACCUUAUUUGUGAACAAAGCAAGAAUGUCUUUUGAAUCAACCAAUUUUUGUGAUGUUGCAAAGAAGGUAGCUAGAGCAUGUGCUGGUCUUCCAGUUGCGUUGAUAGCAGUUGCGAAGGCACUUGGUGAUAAGUGUUUGGAUGACUGGACAGAAGCAGCUCGACGACUAGAGGCUUCUCAACCUGCCAACCUUGAAGAUGGGAAAGUAGCGUUCAAUUGUAUAAAAUUAAGCUAUGAUUACUUAAUAUCUGAUGAUGCCAGGUCAUGCUUUUUGCUUUGUUGCCUAUUCCCAGAAGACUAUGAUAUCCAAAUUGAAGACUUGCUAAAAUAUGGGAUGGGGAAAGGAUUGUUUCAAGAUUCCAGCACAAUGCAUGAUGCCAGAGCUAGUGCAUAUUCAGUGGUCAAGUACCUUAAAGAUUGUGGCUUACUUUUGAAAUCUGAACGGGACGGAUGUGUAAAGAUGCAUGAUGUCAUUCGGGAUGUGGCCAUACGGGUUUCGUCAUCCGAGGAUGGCCCACUGUUUUUUGUACAAGCUGAUUGUCAGUUAAAGGAAUGGCCAAGUAUUAGUGCACAUGACGGCUACUCUGCUAUCUCACUAAUUAGGAAUAAAAUUUGCAAGCUUCCUGAAGAGUUGGUAUGUCCGAAACUCCUGAUUUUGUUUCUGCAAAGUAAUGUUUGGUUGAAUGUGAUCCCAGAAUGUUUCUUUCAGAGUCUGAAUGUGUUGAGGGUAUUAGAUCUAAGCCAAACCAGAAUUUCUUUACUACCCACAUCAUUCAAUAUCUUGAUCAACCUCCAGACCUUGUAUCUAGAUGGUUGCUUGUCAACCAUAGAUAACAUAUCCAUACUCGGAAACUUGAAAAAACUUGAGAUUCUUAGUAUGAAAGAACUUCCUCUUGUGGAACUGCCAAAAGAAAUUGGAGAUUUGAACCAUCUAAGGAUGUUAGACAUCACUGGUGAUUAUGUUGAUAAUGUUCCAUCUGAAGUGAUAUGCAACCUUACUUCGUUAGAGGAACUAUACAUGCAGUGUAAUUUUGCAGACUGGAGGAGUAAAGUUGAGGGAGCAGGAGAAGAAAUUAUUGUUGCGUUUGAUGAGUUAACUGGCUUGUCAUAUCUAAACGUUUUGAAGGUCUUCAUAUCUGAUGCUAAAUGUUUGCCUAGAGAUGUGGAGGUUGAGCCAAACUGGGUAAAGUUUGAUAUUUGUAUCAGCAGAGACCCAUCAAUCAGAAAAGGGUCCUUGGUUUCAAGUUCUUCACCCGCUUUUGUAAGAGCCUUGACUCUUGAUACAAGCAUCAAUGCCUUACCGGGUUGGUUUAUCAAUGUGGUGACAAUGAAAGCAGAGAAACUACAGUACAUAAUGUGUUGGGGAUUAGAUAACAUUCUUGUGGAAUUUGACUGCGGGAGAUUACAUGCACUGAAGUAUUUAUCUGUUAUUGGGCCCAAUGAGAACUUGAAAGUGUUGAUGAACACAGUGACACGCUUUCGGAAUGAACCAGUGUUUCAAAACUUGGAAGAGUUGCAUCUCAUUCAAGUGGAUUGCCUGAAGGAGUUAUGUGUUGGUGAAUUGCCACCUGGGUCUCUAUGCAAUCUUAGGUUACUGAAGGUGAAACAUUGCUAUGAAUUGGUGGAUGCACUCCUCCCGUCACAGUUGCUGCAGAGAUUACAAAAUCUGAAAGAACUGAUUUGUGAAGAGAUGGAUGAAUUAAAAUAUAUUUUUGGAUGUGAAGAGCUUGAGCCAAAACAGUUGAUUUUGACCGAAUUGAUAGAAAUGAGAUUGGAGAAUCUAGGGAAACUAAUAAAGAUAUGGAAUGGUCCUGCUCAUUGUGCAGUCUUCCGGAAUCUUCAGAGUUUGGUAGUUUCCAGGUGCUUUGAACUGGAGACUCUCUUCACAGCUGAUGUAGCUCAAUGUUUUUUGCACUUGGGAGAUCUUUCAGUCGAGCUUUGCCCAAUGUUGGACAGCAUUAUUGAAGCAAGUAAGGACACAGUAGACAAUAUGAUUGUUUUUCCAGAAUUGAAGAACUUAACUUUGAUAAAGCUUCCACAACUCACAAGGUUCACAAGGUUCUGUGGUAGUACUGGAAAUGCUAUUGAGUGCCCUUUACUGGAAUACUUGUAUGUGGAGAGGUGCCCCCAGUUUUCAACGUCUGACUUCCAUAGCAGGAACAAAGUCCAAUUCAAUCACCCACAACAAUUGGACAUUGUACAGAGAAGGAGGGACCAUGGGGAAAUUCGUAAAUUGACCGUGCCGGCACCUCAGAUCGGGAAUACUGAAAUCCCACCGGAUGAUGGCUUCACUUGGCGAAAAUACGGCCAGAAGGAGAUCAUGGGCUGCAGGUUCCCAAGGGCCUACUAUAGGUGUAACCACCGAAAUUCAUACAAUUGCCCAGCCACGAAGCAAGUUCAGAGGCUUGACAAUGAUCACUUAACAUUUGAAGUAAUAAACAGAGGUGACCAUACAUGUCAUAUGUCGUCCACUGCACCCUCAAGCCUACCACCAUCUGAUCAAACUGUGGAGAGGUUCCCCCAGUUUUCAAUGUCUGGCUUCCAUAGCAGGAACAAAGUCCAAUUCAAUCAUCCACAACAAUUGGACAUUGUAAAGAGAAGGAGGGACCGUGGGGAAAUUCGUAAAUUGACCGUGCCGGCACCUCAGAUCGGGAGUACUGAAAUCCCACCGGAUGAUGGCUUCACUUGGCGAAAAUACGGCCAGAAGGAGAUCAUGGGCUGCAGUUUCCCAAGGGCAAGGGUGAAUGGACUAUCACUCCUAUUCUUCAUGAUGCCACUGAGGUGCCAGUUAUUUUCAUCAAUGUACCCUGGUACUUCAGUGGUCUGUAUUCAAUGUUCAGUCUGUUUCUGGCCCAAAGAACUAAGAGCAAGUUUGUGAUAUCAAAGGAAGGAAAUGUUGCAGAGACGAGUUGAUUUACUUUGUCACCUAUGAUAUUCUUUUCAGCCAGGUGUAAUUUUGCUUACACGCUCUCAUCUAUUACAUCUGCCUUGAUGACGUUAUCGAGAUAGCCAAGAUAAUGAAGACCAGAUAGAUGGCUAAGGACCAGAUCUGAGUAUUUCAGUUGUAUUUCUGGAUUGCUGUUGAAACUGAUGAUGUAUACAAAAGUGCUUGUUGCUUAGCUUUUUCUUAACCGAGAUGGUUGGAAAACUCAUUGUAUUUAUAUAUUGAAUGUGCAGAAGUGGAGUGCAGUUGCAGGAGCAAGACUAUCCUACUCUGAUGAUGUUGAUUUGGACCAUCUCAAUCAUAAAGUUUCUGAGGCAACAAGAACCAAUUAUCAAAAUUUAUAUUCUAUCUGCAGCUGUUUAGAGGAUAUAAUUGUAGUAGGGUAGUUUUAGUUAGACCUCCUCAUUUACUAUUUGGAAAUCCUCUUCAAUAUUUCUCCCUUAGUCGUCCAGUCUUGUCCCCUUAUAUUUUAUUUUAUUCUUGUCGACCUCCACACCACUUCUCUGGGUUCUGGCUACAUCCUUAGUUACAUCCUUAUAGCCUAAGCCUAUUGUUUAAUCGUUUGGAGGAAGGACAUAUAGUACUAUAUUCCAAGAAUCCAAGUUUAGAUAUUUAAUUCAUGCUUUGGGUAUGAAGUUCAAUGGGAAUAUGAUUUUUUUUGAAACUCAAUUGCAAUGGACUAAUGACCAACUGUCUAAAUGAAGGGUAUUCCUUGAA